CUUUGUCUAUCUUCAACACCCACCCACACGUAUCUAUACAUAUAUACAGAAGAUGUAAUACACUAUAUACAACUUUGAUGCGACGGAUGGAGAAGAGGGAGAAUAUGGCGGAGGAGGGUGAUGCAUCGAAGCCAUGGGGAAAUGAAGAAGAUGAAUCGGGAACGAGCAAUAAGAACGAGCAGGAGAACAUUAAUAGUAGCAAAGGUAAAUUAGGAAUUUGUUUGGCGACGGCGUCGUCGAUGUUUCCCGGUUUCAGAUUUUCUCCGACGGACGAGGAGUUGAUUUCGUAUUACCUGAAGAAGAAAUUGGAAGGGAGUGACGAGUGCGUGGAGCUCAUCUCGGAGGUUGAGAUUUGGAGGCAUGAGCCUUGGGACUUACCAGGUCCUACUACUCUCUCUAUCUCAUCUUUACAUACUUCAUUCCAAAUUUGAGUUGAUGAUUUUCAUUAUUAUUUUGUGUAGUUUAAGAUAUUGAAAGUGCUUUCAAAAUUCAAAUGUUAAAGACUUCAUUAAGGUUUAAUAAGUGUGUUUUCUGAUUUUUGUUAGUUCAAAGUUUGUUUGUGGAAAGUUCAUUCAAUAAAAGUUAGUUGGGUAAAAUUAAGCUGUUCGAGAUUACAGGAAUUACUUCAAAUUAGACUCAUAAGUCUGUAUGAUGACUAAAUUGAAUUUUUGGAUUUCUACUCGUAUUUGAGUUCAAAAUAUAUGUUCAUUGUUCUCGAAAGGGUUGAAUGGUUCUAAAUAUUUUCAUUUUCUCGAUCAGCUAAUCUAGUACUUCUUCUUUCUCUAAAAGAUCUUCCUUCUUUGACUUUAUUGAUCAACUGUCUACUCAAGUUGACCAUUAAUAAAUAUAAUUUUAAAAAAAGUAAUGUUACAAAAAUUUGUUAUAUCAAAACUAUACCUUAAAAUAAACACAAUCAUAUAAAAUUUAUAUGAUCACUAAAUAUACAUUAUUCACAAUUUAUAGUCAAAGUUUGUAAAAUUUGACAAGAAAUGUCAAAGAACAAAGAUCUUUUAGGGACGGAGGGAGUGGUAUGGAUUUGAUGCCACACUUGGUAUGACUAAUUAAUAUUAGUAUUGUGUCAAAUAAUUUGCAAUGUCAGAAAAAGUUGUAAGCUUUAUGGGUGCUAAGAUUCUGUGCUGAUCUUGAUAUGGUAUAGAUAUUCAAUGAUGUAUGUUAGUUUCUGUUUGAAAGCAGCCAAGUCUGUGGUGCAAUCAGAUAAUGAGUGGUUCUUCUUUUCGCCUCGUGGAAGGAAGUACCCAAAUGGAUCGCAGAGUAAGAGGGCUACUGAAUCUGGGUAUUGGAAGGCCACUGGGAAAAACCGAAAUGUAAAGUCGGGUUCAAAUGUGAUUGGCACAAAAAGGACACUGGUCUUCCACACUGGUCGUGCGCCCGAAGGUCAGAGGACAGAGUGGAUCAUGCAUGAGUAUUGCAGUUGUGAAAAAGCACCUCAGGAGUCUAUGGUCGUCUGCAGGCUCAGAAAGAACAAGGAAUUCCAUACGAAUGAUGCCCCAAAGAAAUCAAGGAAUCAAUCUACUGCUGAUAAUAUUAAUAAUAAUGCGUAUUCUGAACUAGAAAAUGCUGAGAGUGUGAGAGAACCAUGCACAGGGGACAGCUGCUCAAACCCAUGUAUUACUAGUAUCAAUUCUCAUUUAGUUGAGCAAAUUGACUCUGGAUUUGAUUAUGAUCAGACCAUUGACAUCCCUUCUUCCAAUCACUUGAAGGACCCUGGCAACGAAGAGGAAGACUGUUUUGUGGAUAUAAUGAGAGAUGACAUAAUAAAGCUAGACGAUUCCUUUAACAGACCCCUAGAUUCUCUGUCAGCGAACAACAAGAAGCUCGGACCAAAUAUAAACCCAAAGCAACCUGCUCAAGCUUUAUCGCGGCAUGUGCUUCCAUCCCAAGGCACUGCAAAUCGGAGACUAAGACUACGAAGGGAAAGCGUAGCAUUCUUUGAGGCAUCAUAUCGACUUAAGAACAAUAAAACCCAUGCCAAGGAGUUCUCCAGAUCAAAUAACAAGCAAUCUUUAAUAUGGGUGGUUAGCGCGAGGCUGAAAAGAUUGUCCAUUUAUGCCCUUCUAUUAAGUCUUUUAGUAGUGAUUCUGUUUCUUUCUUCUUUACAAGGAUCCCACCUUGUAAAAUGGGUUAGAGGCUCUCUUCUUUGAAAUGGACAUGACUUUUUAGUACCAGACUAGAAUGUCACCACUAAUCAAGGUUUGGUAGAUUUGAGGAAAAUGUCGACUCUUGUAAGAUUGACCAGUAGGUAACCAUAAAGCUCUUUGUUUGGGCAUUUGGUGUAUCUCAACCCUUCUGAGUAUGGGUCCCACAUCUUGAGUGGUAGGACCCACUUCUUUUCAUGGUUCGAACUGAGGAGUUGGAUUUACAUGUUAGACAAAAAAAAGAUUAAAUAUAUGAAUGAAAUGAAUGUACUGUGUUGUGUGUGGCACAUGUGGAUAUUUGUCUUAUUAUGGUAGGGCCCUUUGAUGCUUUAUCUGAUUAUCAGCCAUAGAAAAAAAUGUGUACAUUACUUUCUUUUGUGUACCUAUUUUCAAAGGUUAAAAGCUACAGGCAACUGGAUAGAUGAUAUCAAUAAAGCAGUGAGCAGGAAUUCAAUUUUUGUGAGUUUUAAAGUGGUGUUUGGCCAUUACAAGAUACUAAUGACAAAGACUUUGCUUAUUUCUACUGCUGCUAAGAGGCGAUGAUCACUGGUGGUGCUGGUGGCAUUGGAUCCAUGACAGCAAAGCUAUUCUGUCAAAAUGGUGCCAGAGUACUCAUAGCCGACACCAGAGUUGAUCAAAGCCUAUCCAUCUGCAAAGAUUUAGGCCCUGAAAAUGCCCACUUUGUUCGCUGCGAUGUCACAAACGAAUCAGAUGUCCAGAAUGCCGUCCAGACAGCUGUCUCUGCACACGGAAAGCUUGACAUAAUGGUCAACAAUGCCGGAAUCAUGGGAACAGCCAAUGCACCAGACAUUCUCGAUGGUGAUGCAUCCGAUUUCGCCAAUGUCUUCCGUGUCAAUGUUGUGGCCGCAUUUCUGGGAACCAAACACGCGGCUCGUGUGAUGGGACCCGCCCGAAGCGGGAGCAUAAUAAACAUGGCUAGCAUCUGCAGUAUCAUCGGCGGGGUGGGUCCGCACGCAUAUACCUGCUCAAAACACGCUGUUCUUGGCCUGACUAGGAACACUGCUAUUGACUUGGGACGAUAUGGGAUCCGAGUGAAUUGUGUUUCCCCUUAUGCAGUCCCGACAAACAUGUCCAGGGCAUAUUUGGGUUUUGCAGAGGAUGAGAGGUUCGAGGUUCAUUGGAACCUUAAAGGUGUUGGCUUGAUGGUGGAGGAUGUCGCAGAGGCUGUUGUUUAUCUAGCAAGUGAUGCGUCUAAGUAUGUGAGCGGCCAUAAUCUUGUUUUGGAUGGAGGCUUUACUGCUUCUAAUUUAGCUUUGAAUAUCUUCAACCCUUAGACAUAUUAUGUGCCACUUCUUAAACUUUGAUCCACCUAUUUCUAGGGCCGGAAAUCUACAAAGCUGCUCUUGAAUUGGCUCGUCUAUUGAUAUUAAGAGCAUGAACAAUGGCAAGUUAAAAAUAAGAUGCCACACGCUAACAUGACUUUUUU